AAAUUACAUAAAUUGAGGGCAAAAUUAAUAAAAUCAAUCUUUAUUGUUCGACUUUAAAUUAAAAAAUGUUUAAAUUAAUUGAUGUAUGCCUGGCGGUGUUCCUCUUGGGCACUGCUUGUGCCUAUGAUAUAAACCAUUUUGAAAAUCGCCCAAAUUUACAAGUUUUCGAGAACUACAUCAACCAAAGUGUAGAAUGCGUAAGACAAACUCUGGCAGAUGGUAUGCCAGACCAUAAUUUACCAUCAUUUAACCCAUUGACAAUAAAGCAUUAUACUGUUGAUUUGGACAAAUAUAACUUUUCUAAUGCAAGCGGUUAUGUAACAAUAGACAAUGGUAUAGCAGAAAACAUCGUAAACUUUAUUGUUUCCAACCUAAAAGGUAAAUUUGUAUUAGUACCACCCACUAUCUCUGUAGAUUUUACCAUAUGGUUAGAAAACGUUACCAACGUUGCCGAUUACAAGACCGAUAUGACCAUCAUGGACCAAAAAAUAAAUGGACAAGGAAAAAUAUCAAUUGGUUUAGUAGGAUUAAAUGUGACUGGGCAUGUUAAAGCUAUUGUUAAAAAAGGAAAGGUAGAAUUAAAGGAACUAUCUGCCCCUGCCCUACUUAAAGCAUUGGACUUCAAAAUAACCGGUUUGUACGACGACGAAGAAUACAGUGCCAAAAUCUCCAAGGAAAUAUCCGAAAAAGUUCCCGAACAAAUGAAUAACAAUCCUGAAUUAUUUAUCGAAGUUAUUGGUCCACUUUUUGUAGAAGUUUUUAACGCUUUACUUAACGAUAAAAUAGGCUGGGGAAUCAUAAAAGCAAUGACCCAAAAAUGUAUCUUAGAUAUAUUUCCACAGUAAA